GCUUCGUCAACAACUUUCCCUGCUGAUCAGUGAUUUCGGGACGAACGGACAAAUCACAUCUUCAAGCCAGCGCGCGCCGGAGCGCCGGGGAUCGUAACUCGGACCUUCCCGUUAGUUGUCAAUCCACAUUUACGCACCGUGUCACUUUUGCUGUCGUAGUUCCCGCUGCUGCAGGUGCAUCGCUGCUGGAGGAGAAAUGGUUUAACUUGAAUUGUGGAUACUCUAUUACCUUGCGUUUUGCCAGUUUUCUCAAGGAGCCACGUGCAACCAGGUUGCAUCAUGGCACAGAUAAUUUCAAUAUCAUCAUUGUUAGCUUUCAUCUUCGUAAACUAUCAAUUGUGGCGGUCGGUAGAUUCUCAACUCUAUGCACAUCUCGGGGACUCGUUUUUAGAGCAAGAAGUCACGUAUGACGAACUCUACCAAAGCGGUAUGCAAUCCUACACCAACGAGGACUGGGCCUCGACGAUAUUCUUUUUUGAGAGGGCUCUCCAGGAAUUUGACUAUUAUCGAGCAAGUUUAACAGAAUGUAGAUUAAAGUGUCAAAAUGUUUCGCAUAUUACGUCAUCGGGCACCGACGCGCUUUCGGAAUUAAAAGUUUUUGAAGCAGUUUUUAAAAAGGCGGAUUGCACGCGGAGAUGCAAGUUGGAUAAACUGGGAGGGAGGAGUGAUCGGAUAGACGAUGCGGUGACCGAUAAGUUUUUGAGCAUGACACCGUAUAGCUACCUCCAGUUUGCUUAUUACAAAAGUGGUCUAUAUGAGCAAGCUGUGGCCGCAGCAUAUACAUACAUUCAGUGGCAUUCGGACGACGAUGUAAUGCAGAAUAACUUGGAUUAUUACAGGAAUAUGCAUGGGAUAGAUGAUAGCCAGCUUGUCAAUUUAGAAGAAAAACUUCACCAUAAAUAUUUUUUAGAGGGAUAUCAAGCCCAUCACGAUGAAAAGUGGCAUGAAGUAAUUAAAAACAUGGAACUUGCGCUGACAGAGUACUGGAAAGCCGAUACUCAGUGCAGAGCCCUUUGUGAGGGAAAGUACGACAAUCGGGAAUUCAUGGAUCUAUAUGAGGCUAUUGCAUAUCAUUAUGCGUCAACUUUAUAUUGCAAGAACCAAUGUGAAAGUUGGCUUUCUCGGAUCAAUAGCAAGCUUGUGGAUGAUUACCUUGCAAGUCACUUCCAUUUCCUGCAAUUUGCAUAUUAUAAAGUUGAUGAUGUCCAGAAUGCUGUGAAGAGUGCCCUCUCGUUUCUCCUCCUCCUCCCCGAGGACGAGGUGAUGCUUCAGAACAUUGCCUUCUACAAAAGCAUGAAAGAUGCCGACCUGGAGUUCGUCCCGAGGACCGACGUGUCCCGGUACCGCCGCCUCGUCGAGAUGGAAAACAAGAUGCUGGAAUUUGCCAAGAAGAACUUCUGGGAGGAGGACGCUGAAGAGUUCUUGUAUCCUGAUAAGGACCUUGAUGUCGAGGAUGAGAAAGGCCCGGACUAUCUCGGGGCUGAGCCCAUCGACCCCAACGAGGUCAACCUUAAGAACGACGAGACCCGGACGGAGGAGGGGGACGACGAUGACGCGUUGAUCAAGAGCGCGCGGGAGACAAUAGCCCACGAGACGGAGCCAGGUUCUGCCAAGUACUCCCGGGAUCUCAACGGCAAUGGAGAUGCGGAGUAUCCUCAGGGAGGAGGCGGAGGCAGCGGUGGUGGUGGUGGAGAGGUGAGGAGCAAGAUUCUUAACGGGAUGAAGAAGGUCAUGCAGAGCAUCAUGGGUUCCACGGAAGAAGAGAGCGAAAGGCUCCUGGUCCAGCUCGCCAAGGAUCCAAACUCGGUGGAUGCCAAGGAGAAGAUCAGGGUGGCCAUCGAGAAAAUGAUGUCCACCGAGAACGCCGACAAAGCCCUCCCCCGGGAACAGCUGAAGAAGAUGAUGAAGGGCUUGACUCAAGGGUUGCUGAUGGAUGAUGCCACUGUGAAGGAUGGAGUGGACAGGAAAGAAAACUUUGACCCUGUCGCGGUGGAGACGGAGAAGAAGGUGUUGGUGUUUCCGAGUGAAUUAGAAGGUAGGUUGCUUGAUGAUAAGGAUUAUGAUCCGAUGAAGGGGCUGGAUCGGAAAGAGUACUUUGAUUGGGUUAACCCUCCAGGAUUUGAGGCCGGUGCUCCCGGGUCACCUGAAGCAGAUGAAGAGCAAGAGGAGGGGGUCGAUGAUGUUGACAUUGGUUACCAUGCCGAUAAUGACGAAGAUGAUGAGAACCUCGCUGACAGAGAAUAUUACCCCUCUGAUGAGGAUACUGGUAACGGUGACGACGUACAGGAGGAGUUUUGCUUGUUUGGGAAAGAUUGCAAAGACACUGGCAACCAGCGAACACAAUACUAUGAAAAACAGCAAACAGAUUCUGAACAAUUAGAAACAAAAGAUGAAUUUGAGAGACAUGAACUGGAGGUUGAGCGUAACCAUGGUGAUGAGAAUACUCUGGAAGAGGAAACAGAUGACGGAGAGAAGAAGAGAGAAGAGGACCACAGGGAAACAGAGGAAAGCAAAGAUAGAAUGAAGAGAAGAGAACGUAAUGGAGAAGAAGACGAACAGAUGGAAAAAGAAGGAGAACAUGGGGACGAAGGGGAAGAAAAUUUCAGCAGAGAUGAAGAUGACAGAGAAGACGACCGAUAUCUCAAUGAAGAAGGGGAAGAGGUGGAAGAAGAAUCAGACUGGAGUUGCGAUGACGAUGACGGAGAAUGCCCUGAAGAGGACGAAGAGGAGGUCGAGUGGUACUACAAGCCUCGAGACCUAACCCCUUCUGAGAGAAAGGUCCAAGAAGUCCUCGAUGGGGAUGUCUCCAACGAGACUCAGAAGUGGAUGAGCGAGAUGAUGAAGAUUGAUGAGAACGCUUACUUUCUCUUGAACGAUCUACCGGAUCUAGAUGUGAUAAUGACAGACAAGCAGUUGAAUGGUUCGAACCGCGUGGUCGCUGACGGGCUAGCCGCCGACCAGGAAUGCGGAACCCUACUCCAACUUUUAGAUGGUGAGGCGAAGGAAGGGAAUGGAUACAAAGGAAAGACAAGCCCUCAUACGAAGUAUGAAAACUUUGAAGGACUCACUGUUAAAGAUGCUGUUGAUGCUGCCAGUGCCGGGCGAAUACCCCUGCUCUAUCCCACGGUCUACAUGCAUCUUGCUGAACGGUCACGCCAGUUCGUCCAACGCCAUUUCAAUCUCAAAUCCCACCUUUUCUUCUCGUAUACCCAUCUCGUUUGCCGGUCCGCCGGGCCAGGUAUCUUAACGGCAUAUUCUUCCAUCAGACGCAAGGAUCUGAGUCAUCCCGUCCAUGCCGAUAACUGCCAGCUGGACCAUAAAGGUUUCUGUCACAAGAGACUACCGGCAUUCGUGUGGAGAGACUGGAGUGCUAUCCUGUAUCUGAAUCACGACUUCGAAGGAGGGGAGUUCAUUUUCGCGAACUUUAACAACACGCCACAGGCCCAGGUCAAUCCGAAGUGCGGACGUCUCGUCGGCUUCUCGGCGGGGUCAGAAAACCUACACGGCGUGAAGGGGGUGAUCCAUGGGCGCCGCUGCGCCCUCGCAAUGUGGUACACGCUCGACCCACGGUUCAGGGAAGUCGAAUUCUUCAACGCAGCUGAUCACCUAAACAUGUUGUACGAACAAGAAUACAAACAGCAUCAUAACUGAAAAUGAGAGUUUGAUUCAUGAUGUUUGCUCUGGCGACAAUUGCUCCAGCGACAAUUGCUCCAUUGUAAAUUCCACACACUAAUGGAAUGACCAACUUCAUCCAUGUAUACCCUUUCCUAAACCUAAACCUAUCGUAAACCCUAUUGUAUUCGUGAUCCAAACCCUAUUAUCUUUGACGAAAUAAAGCCCGGAGCAAUCGUCGCCGGAGCAUAUGUCGUGUCACCGGAGAGUCAAUACGAUGGACAACACAUUUAAGAACACAGUAAAUGUAUUGAAAUGCCCAUCAAAUGACAAUGAACAGCUGGGAGGUCUUUGUUUGAAUUUGGGUGAGCAUGAACAGCAGUUUCGUCCCGUGUUUCAGAGCUGACGAAGAGUUGAAAAAUAUGUCUUUUGUCUUAGAUGAGUCUUAGAUGAAACUGCUGUUUUGAAUCACCAAUUUUGACAAAGACUUCUUGCUUGUUCAUUGUCAGGAAGAGCAUUUGACAGUACAUUUUCUAUGUUCCUGAUGCUGUCCUUCGUUGUGGAGUGAGAAUUCCCAACAAAUAUUGUCGAAAAGGAAGUGAGUACAACACUGGAUCAUGGGUACAUGUACAUGCAUGUUAAAGUGGAAGAUAGCCCUGACGAUAUGUAAGUUGGCUUGAACAAAAACAGAAAAUUUGAAAAAAAAUGUUGAUGAAGGUUCGAUACAGAUCCAUUGAAGAUUAAGUUAGGUAUAAUUUUUUUUAGUUUUUAAGUUGUAACGUCAGAUGCAAGCAGCUCCCCCCUUAUACCACAUUUUAUAAAUUCCAAUUAGUAAUGGAACAUGAGGAAUAAGCUGUACUUAUCUUAUUGACGGGGGAUAUCAAAUAAUGUGUCUAAAAAAAGUAUAUCUCGUGCAUGUAAAAUCACAUUCAAUUUGUGGAGAAAAUGACAUUCUUUUUGUACUUUGUAUCACAGAUCAUAAUAUACAGGAGCUGCUCGUCCAUUUAAUCUCAAAAUCAAAACUUUGACGGGUGUUCAUCAAACCUUCACCAUUAUUUUCAAUAUUUUAUUAUGCUUUUAUUAUAGAAACCAGUUUAUUAUCAGGGCGAAACCGGCGAACCAUCCCUUUAAUAUCUAUGCAUGUACAUGUAUUAUUGUGUGCUGCUAUCUUUAUAUGUUUCAUGGUCCUGAGAUGUUUUGUUACAAUGAAUUUCUUCUCUAUUCUUUCUUUAGCAAAAGGAAGCAAGUUACAAAAGUAUCAUUUGGUGUAAAUGAGCAAUUUGUGUUCAUCAUUUACAUAGACGUCAAUGCAAUUUAACAGCAUACUGUGUAUUUUCUUCAUUAUCU